AUGAGUAAUCCCGAGAAAGCAAAAAUGGAUGCCGAUGAAGAGAUCAACGAAAACUCUGACGGCAGUUACUACAUGUGGAGCGACGAAGAAGAAGGAGAAAUUCGCGAACUUGUUCUCGCCCUUCCUGCACUGACUGUUAGCGAAAGGCUUAAUGCUGAUGAAUUAAUCAGAAACGAGGCCAUUGUUGCUGCGCAAUUGCUUCUGCUUGCUGCUCAAGAAGCACCGGCGACGACUGAACAAGGGGUUGAAGCAAGUGCUGAGAAUGUCCAGAAACCAAAACUGGGCCGACCUCGGGAGGUCAACUUGGGUGGUGCGGUGGCUGCUGCUGGAGCGUCCGGUCCUACAGCCCUUGGUUCGGCCGUAGAAGAAGAGCCUGCCAAGAAACUUAAGAAGAAAUGCUCUUCAAAGUUGCACUAUCCGCCUCCAGGGCCUCCACGAUGUAAUAUCUGUGGAAGAAACUUCGUGUCUUGGAAAGUAGUGUUCGGUCAUCUGAGGGCCCAUAAAGACCGUGGUUACCACGGUUUUCUUCCUCCGCCGGUGUUUAAUGCCGCCGAGGAAGCACGUCUUGCAGCGGUUAAUGCUUCCAGUAGUGGUUGGGGUCUUGGCUCUGGGACCUGUGGGCUGGAUAUCGACUUAAACGUCGAUCCAGCGGAGGAAGAGGAGGAGGAGACCGAACCUGAAGCUACUCCAAAGUUUGAUCUCAAUAGGUCACCACCACAUGAAGAAGAAGAAGAGAAGGAGGAUGAAGCCAAGUGA